UGAAUCAAGUUUGUUAAGUAACUUAAAUACAUCACAACGGCAAACACACAUAAUGGCAAGUGCUUUAUAACUAUGACAGUGUCGCAAAGAUUGUGCGCCCAUGCGUUGCGCAUGGUGGGUAUAUAAACUUCGGCGGUCUCAUAUAAUCGAACACUUUCCCGGCAUAAAUCAUUUGGAUAUUUUUGAAGUCUGAACUUCACAAAUCGGAGCAAUGUCCUUGAAGAUGUUCGUCUUUGUUGUUGCUGCUGUUGUUUACCUUGCAGGAGUUAGCGACGCCCUUAAAUGUCACGUGUGCGUCGGAACAGGAGGCGAUGCCUGCAGCGACGGCUCCUUUGAUGCCAAUGCCUCUCUGGUAAGCAGCGAAGACGGAUGCGGCGGCUCUUGUGUCACAGUGACGGCCUCAUCUGUCGUCACUAGGGCCUGUUAUCCGUCCAGUAUGGCAAGCGGAUGUACUACCGCAACUUUAAUUGGGGUCGAAACAAAAACCUGCUACUGCGACACAGACCUAUGUAACGCCGGAACAGCUGCCAGUAGCCAAAAUGGCGCAGAACGUGCUGGCGUUUCCAUGAUAUCGGCUAGUAUACUCGCCGGGUUAACACUCGUUGCUAGGUCGUUUAUGUAAACUUUCUAGUAACAACAACUUUUACGAUCGACGGUACCAUUCGUUUCGCAGUUAAAUAUAUGGUUUUCGUUAAAUGCAUAUACGUAGCAUCUUUGUUAUUCUUUUUGUAUUUAAGAAACAGUCUUGGGUUUAAAGUUACUUACGAAAUAAUAUGUAAUCUCAAAUGUUCAAUUGCAUAAAUCUUUUGCGUUUUAUACAGAACAUUCUGCUUAUUACUUAUAAUUUAUUCGGUAUGUGAAAACUUAUUGUUUGUUUUCUAUACGUGAAAAAUAUCCCUAAAAACAAAAGCGCCGUACUGCAAUUACCUUGUGUGACAAUGCAAUAUGAAUUGUAAUUAACAUUUAAUAACUACGAGCUCUACAGAACAUUAUUUUGAACUGUUAGACAGAACCAUUGAAAACAGACUUCUCAUUCUUGACACGAUACUUAGUUCAACGACAUUUCCUUUAUCAUUAUAUUGUACAUGUUUUUAAUUUAUCAGUUUUAAUCAGUUAUUUGUAAACUUAUGCAUGUAUGCUAUAUGUUGAUAUGUUUAGUAUUAGCUGUAUGUAAACUUGUUCCCCG